CUCGAAGGCUCGUCCUUCUUGGCCUCGUAGCGCAUUAGCUCAAAUUCGCAGCAGCUGCUCGUCGGUUCCUGCUUCAUCCGGCCACCAUGAACUGCCUUUAAACUUUGCUUUGGCUCAGUGAACUUCCUCACUUUAUCAGUGGACCACCAUGGAGUCAGCCCGAGAGAAACGAAAGGAAGAGAUAAGCAGGGCUCUGGCUUUUAUACAGUCUCCCUUGGCUUAUCCAGAUCCUGCAGGGUACCAGGACUUUUUGACCCGCUUGGUGUGCAACCUGCUGGAAGAGGGCAACGCCUUCUUCCGAGACCAGCAGUGGGAGGAGGCCGUCAGACAGUUCACUGAGGCCUUGAACAUCUCAACCUACGCUGAAGGAGAGGGGAUCCAGAUCCCUCAAGCUCUGCUGGAGAGCCUGUAUGUGAACCGAGCCGCUGCCUACCACAGCAUGGGAAAGUAUCACGAAGGUGUGGAGGACUCGGACGGCGCUCUGGGGGUGUGCGACGGCAGCCGCAGGGCGCUCUACAGGAAGGCGCUGUGCCUGAAGGAGCUGGGGAAGCACAAGGAGGCGUACGACUGCACCACCGUCUGCCUGCUCAGCAAUCCUCAGGACAAGCAGGUGAUUGAGCUGUCGCAGGAGCUGGCCGCCCAGCUGGGGAUGAAAAUUCGAAAACCUUAUGUGAGUUCAAAGACCCCUGCCAAUAAUGUUAUUCGAAAUGGUGUGAAUCCUCCAAGUGUCGAUGCAGCAGUCAACUUCUGCAGCGUUCCUAAGCACGCCAUCCCCGCCACGCCUCCUGGCUCCAGCCGCCCUGCAGUCACUCACCAGGUGAAAGCUGUGGAGGACUUGGAGGUGAUGGACGACGACUUGGACAGACUGCUCGACAGCUUUCCCACUGGCCAGGUUCCAUCUGAGGCUCUGUCGUUCUCGGACCCUGGCCAUGCAGCCACUUCCACCCCCUUCCUUCCUGACCCGACGCCCCAGCUGCCCCCAGCCUUUUUCAGCUCAUCCAUUAGCCAGCUCAACUCCUUGGACUCGUUCACGAACGGCGAUCACAGCACAACUGCCGGAGCUUUGGAUAUCCUGGAUGACCUCUACACUGCUGGGAAUGGAUGCGGAGCAGACGCCUCCACACUGGAUAACCUGGAUGGGCUUGAUACUCUGGACAUCCUUGACGACAUUUUGGACUGGACCCCGAAUGCUGCUGCUGCUAAGGAGCCUAAAACGGAGCUUGGCGAGGGAAGAAAGACUCUAGAUGAAGCAGACACUGCGGCGUCUGUCGCCGAUAUAAAACCUCAGAAUGGCCACGAUCCUAAAGCCGCCGCUAACGCCACUAAGCAGCUCGACUCUCUAGACGCCUUGGACUCCUUCCCCGCUGUGGAACGUGUUGGGCCUGCUCUACCAAAGGUUUCUGUUGGUGGAACAAGCCUGGAUUCCCUCUCUGACUUCAGCUCAAACGGUUUCUCCGAGUCUGUCAGGCCUGCAGCUUCCGUAACAAAAUCUCCAAAUAAACUCAACAAAGUGAAGGAUACCCAUAAUGGGACUGUCUCUAACCCGCUGUCCUCCACCCAUGACUUCCUGCCGGCUUGCGCUCUCUGUUUUCCUCGUGGAGGUAAAAGCGUGUACAGUUUUGUUCACAAGCCAGACCUGGUCCACAACUGCAAGAGAGACAUUUUGUUAUGCAGACAGAAAGCUGGCUCUUCCUCAGAGUGGACGAGAGUGAGACCGCUUCCUGCCAGGACUUCAUUCUACGGACCUUUUGUUCUUUGUCGAGAGCUGCUGAAGUCUGGGGAUGCAGGUGUGUGCAUAUAUGGAGAAAAAUGCACAUUUGCCUACAACCAGCUGGAGAUCGACGUUUGGACAGAGGAAAGAAAGGGACGACUGGACAGGUUCUCCCUGCUCGGAGCAUCAGCGGUCCAACUGGACCCGGUGAGCAGCAUCAUCGGCCUAAUACAGGAACACAAGGGCAUGUUUAUCUUCCUCUGCCAGGAAUGCUACGACAGUAAACCGAGAAUCAUCAGUAAGCGCUCCUGCGUCAGUCAAACCAUCUGCUCCAACUUGGAUGCUCGCCACAACUUUGAUGCUAAUAAGUGCUUGGCCUUUGUGGUGAGGACCCACAACAUUAACUACAGCAAAGUCCGUCCUUUCAGCGUCGUGUGCCACUUGGAUUUGUGCCGACAGGCCAUCCGAUACGGCUGCCAGAGGGAGGACAAUUGUGUGUUUGCUCACUCCGUGAUAGAGCUGAAAACCUGGAGGGUUCAGCGCCACACAGGCGUCAGUCUGGAUGAGAUUGCAAAAGUGUCCAUGAGAUUUUAUGACAAGCAGGAGCAAAACUCAAGAAAGGAGAAAGAAAAAAGGCUGUCUUCUGGCGGAGGUGGAGGCAAAUUAAAAGGAUCAAACAAUGCUGGAGCAAGUCUUAACAUGAAGAUGAAGUUUGCAUGUUCACACUGCUGGCGGGAUGGCCUGAUCAGUGAACCGGACAAAGGCCUCAAAUACUGUACAGCUAAAGCCAGACACGCGUGGACCAAAGACAGACGGGUGCUGCUGGUCAGGUCUUCAGAGCGGAGUAAAUGGGUUCUUGUCCGACCACUGCCACACGCCAAGAACUUCCCUCUGUACUAUGAUAUGUGUGCACAGGUUCUGGAGAAGAGAAAGUGCAACUACACUGGAAACUGCACCUUUGCUCACAGCCAAGAGGAGAAGGAGAUGUGGAUGUACAUGAAAAAUAACGAGUUGUUUGACAUGGAGCAAGUAUACAACAUGUGGCUGGCUUUAGCUGCUCAAAACCGCCAGUCAGAUGGGUCCGUGUGCAAUCAGUCUAACCCUGAGGAGAAAUUCAUCGCCAUGCCAACCGACUAUGCAGAACAAAUGGAUGGCUUCCACUGCCGGCUGUGUGGCAAGCACAGUAACAGCGAGCGGCAGUGGCAGCAGCACAUUUCUACGGAGAAGCACAAAGACCGAGUGUUCAGCUGUGAGGGUGAAGACGAGGCUCUGACGUGGAGCUACCGCUUCCCUGGAGCGUGUUUUAAAAUCUGCCCCAAAAUCGGCGGCGGCUGUCCUGACGGGGUAAGCUGCGACUACGCUCACGGUUCAGAGGAGCUGCAGGAGUGGAUCGAGAGACGGGAUUUCCUCCGACAAAAGCUAGCCAAAGCCAGGGAGGACAUGCUCAUCAUGCCGGACGAGCUUGACUUUGGGAAGUACAACUUUCUGCUUCAGGAUUGAGAAUAAUGGGACUUCGCGGGCCGGUUUGUGAUCAAACCUAUCAGUGUGAUCGUUUCACGCCUUGUUGAACUGAAACCAAAGGGACAGCAAUCAGGAUUUCCUGCUAGCCAAAUAUACCAUUGAAUCUAUGGAAGUAUUUGCCUUUCAAAAAAUAAGUCACCGUCUAAACUUAAUUUUGUUAAUGUUUUUAAGUCUCUAGCAACAGGUUUUCUGCUCAUUUUUGCAUGAUGUCAGCAUUGUUGUUAAGUAAAACAUCCUUUGAAUGUAAUGCAUAGACUGUGAAAUGUGUAGCUGCCAUGAAAGAAUCAGUUAUAUAUUUUUUUCUAAGGUUCACAUUCAACCAUGCUUCCUACUUUUGUUUUUUCUCUUUCUCCCUCCGUUUGGCUUUUUCCAGAAGCAUUUUAUCCUUUCAUCCCCCAGUUUGUCAAAGUUUGCUGGAUGUCCGAAAAACUUAAAACCCUUGCAUACUUAAAAUCAAUGACUUUGAUUUUAUACAAACAAGCUAUGGGACAUUUGGUUAUUUUUAUUUUUCUCUCUAAUAAACGUCAAGGAAACCUA